GAUAAAAAAGGAUUUACAUUAGCCCAUCUUGGUCUUGAAUUUCAUUGAAACCAGAAAGAGAGGAGAGGAAACAAGGCGUGUGAGAAUGGCAGGAAUAAUGCAGAAGAUCGAGGAUGCCCUUCACAUGGGAGGAGGUCACAAGGAAGAAGACAAGCACAAGCAGCAGCAGCAGCCGAUGCAGCAUCCACAGGAUCCACAUCAGAACAAGCAUCCGGAGGAGCAGCACUAUAAGGACAAUAAGGAGAUGAUGAAAGGAGAGAAUAAAAAGGGGUUCAUGGACAAGGUCAAAGAUAAGAUCCAUCAUGGUGGAGAUCAGCAUGAAGGGAUGAACAAGGAGAUGAUGAAAGGAGAGCAUAAGGAAGGGUUCAUGGACAAGGUCAAAGAUAAGAUUCAUGGUGGAGAGCAUGAAGGGAUGAACAAAGACGGUGAGAUGAAGAAGAAGAAAGAGAAGAAGAAGAAGCAUGACGGCGAGCAUGGCCACGAUGGCCAUAGUAGCAGCAGCGACAGCGACUAGAUCCAAUCCAAUCUAAUCCACCUUCUUAGUUAUGGCUUUGAUUGCUUUUGUUUGUUUAUUUGGAUCAUUUUUGUACGUACGUAGUGCUGCAUGCUCUUCAUGAAGUCUUAAGUCUUACGUCUUACGUCUUACGUCUUACGUCUUAUGUCUUAUGUAAUAAUAUGUAUAGGAAGUAAAAAAUGUGAUUUUGAUUGAGGUUUAGAACUUAUCCUCUCUCCCCUUAUAUAUAUAUAUAUAUAUAUAUAUAUGUAACGGUGAUCAAGAAUUAAUAAAUUUUGUCUUAUCUUUGCUUUAAA